AGCACCGUGUUGUUACACGAGCAGCAAGCAGCAUGCAGACUCGUGAAAAGUCAUCAUACCAGGUAAUAAACAAGCUAGUAAUUAUUAGUAUUUAGGCAUCCCAGCACGUGAUUGGUCAAAGCUGAGUGGGUCGGUACCGUACUUCCGUCCCGCGGAUGUACAGUACGAUUUCCAGGCCGGGACCCUUCUGCACCGCAUCCUCCUCUAGUAUGAAUGAGACAGUUCUUCUGCUGUCGGGGGAGGAAAGAAUCGAAGCUGCUAGACGCAGAGAAGCUACUAUUACAGUAGUACCACGUACACGUCGACGGCAAUACAUGUUUGCGGCACUGCUGCUUGCUUGCUCGUACGUCAUGUACGUGUGCAUCUACCUGUCUUUAUCCUUCUACCCACAGGUGGCUGCUCGUAAGAAAGGAUCGAGUGCAGACACGGAAGUUGGUGUGUACAUAGGUGGCAAUCAGCUGGCUGUGGCCAUUGCUUCAUUGAUCUUUGGAACGUACAUGAAUUGGAUCGGUGCAAAGUUUCUUCUCGUGUCUGGGAGUUCUCUUGUUGCGGGCUGUACCCUACUUUUUGGUUUUGUUGAUUAUAUAAAUUCAUGGAAACCAUUUAUUGGGCUCAGCAUAGUCAUCUAUUUUGUGAUGGGAUUUGGACAAGCUGCAUUUCUUACAACCUGUAACACUGUGUUUGUUAGGAUCUUUCCUACACGUAUUGCAACAGCCUGGUCUGCGUUAGCAUUCACUCUUGGUCUUGGUUUUGUUACUGGUUCACCGCUUGGGGGACUCUUGUACGAUAGUGAGGGUUUCACCUUUCCUUUUGUCGUUGUUGGAAGUAUGUUCUUUUUACUAAUCCCAAUCCUCAUCAUCUUCCCGUCAGAUACAUAUGCGGAAUCAGAAGAAAGUAAUGCUGUCAAUCAAGUGCCUAUGUGGCCACUUGUGAUGAUGAUGCCUGUACUGUUAGUUUGUGCAAACACAUUUGUUGCGUAUGCACCUGUGUCACUUCUUCAGACUUCUCUUCCUCUGUUUCUUCAUAAGAUAUUUCACUGGAAUGCAAGUCAUAUUGGACUGAUGUUUCUCGUGUUUGGAGUAGUGUUUGUUGGAUCAUCAAUUGCUGUAGGUGUAGUGAUAGAUGCCACUAACCCACAAGCUGUAAUGACUAUAGGACUACUCACUGGAGGAUGUGGAAUGAUGUUCGUUGGUCCAUCAUUUGUGUUCUCGUUCUCGCCUCAACCUUGGCUUGAGUAUGUCUCGAUGGCAGUAAUUGGACUGGGAACAUCUAUGACUGUAAUCUCUGUACCUAUAUACAUGAUUUCCACUGCCAUUUCAAGAGGACAUGAACAGAAUAUGGCAUUGAUUGCAGCAGUAACGGGUUUGGCAAAUUCAGCAAUGUUUUUGUCAGGAGUGGUGGCUGGGCCAGUUGGUGGAGUUCUGACCUCUUCAUUUGGCUUUCAGUACUCUACAUCUUUCUUUGCAUUCGCCAUUUUUCUUCUACUCUUUGUGAACAUUGUAGCCAAGCUAGUAUCAUCUAGACAACAAUGACAUUCUUAUUUUGAUAGAUUUGACGUGGUUUAUAGAAAUGUGUUGAAAGCAUGCAUUGCACUACGUCUUGAUCAUGUUUAUCGUUAAUUAAUAUUGUACUAGUGCGGCUGUUUAGAAAUGAGAAAUCUGAGUGCUUCUGUGCUUUUGAGUGCC